AUGCGAUACGUGGUACUUGGAGGAGGCAUUGCUGGGGUAUGUUGCGCACUGGAGCUGGCACGCUGCCUGAAGCAGCAGCAGCAGCAGCAGCCGGGGCAGCAGCCGCAGCACCCUACUCCACCCAGCCCCGCGGAUGAGCCGCGCCGCGAGGUUGCGCCACCUAACGGCGCCACCGCCGAAACCGACCACAUCAUCCUGGUCAGCAGCAGCUCCGCCAUCAAAGGCGUCCGCGAGGUGACCCGGCUGAGCAGGCUAGUGGAGGAGCUGGAGGGAGAGGUGGUGGAGACCCCGCUGGAGGACUUAGCCGCGGGAGAGGCCGGCAGAGGGGUGCUGCAAGUGCUGAGGGGAAUCGCCACGGGACUGGACUUGCAAGCCAGGGUCCUGAAGCUCCUGGGCGGCAACGAACUGCGGUACGACAAACUGUGUCUGUGUACGGGCGCACGGCCCAAGGAGCUGGAUGUGCCCGGAUCCGAUCACCCUGCGGUAUUGACGUUACGGGAUACGGACAGCGUGCAGGAGCUCACUCGUCGCCUCCGGGGUUGUCGCCGUGUGGUACUGGCGGGUAACGGCGGCAUCGCCAUGGAGCUGGCUGGCGCAUUGAUGCAGCUACAUGACCCGCUUCAGCACCCGCCGUACUUGCCACCGCCGUACUUGCCACCGCCACGGCCACCUGCACCGCCACCACCUCCAGGCGCUGCUGGCGGCGGCGGCGCCCCCACGUCGGUCGCCUCGCCGCCCUUGGGCCCCACACCCAGCGAGGUGGAACGGGCGGCGGCGGCGGCGGCGGAGGAGGAGGAGGAGGAGGAGGAGGAGGCGAAUCGCUACUGGGGCGAGCGGCAACAGCGACAAGAAGACCAACGGCAACAGCAGCAGGGGCAGGGGCAGGCGCAGGGGCAGGCGCAGGGGCAGCGGGCGGAGGUGGUGUGGGUAUUGAAACACGGUCACGUGGGGGAUGCGUUCUUCGAUCUGGAUGCAGCGCAGUUCCUGCUGCAAGAGCGACUGCAGCCAGCGGCGGAAGCAGCGGCCGCGGCCCUGCCGGCCCCACCGCCGGCCCCACCGCCGGCCCACAGCGGCGGCGGCGGCAGUGGCAGCGGGCGCUGCACCUCAAGGGGGGGCAGUAGCAUCAGCGCCCCUACCCGCAACCGCUCCGAGGGGGAGGGGGAGGGGGAGCGGGAGGAGGAAAGGGAGAGAAGCCGGGGGUGUGUGACGGGUCAUGCCGCCGGCCCGGCAUGGACGAAGGAGCUGAUCCGAGGACUGGCCACGGAGAGAGAGUCGCAACCGCGGCCAGCAGCGGCAGCGAUGCCCGCGGCGGCUGCGGCGGGGAGGGCCCCCGGCGGCGGCAGUAGCGGCGGCGGCAGCGGCGGUGGUGGCCCCGCCAACUUCCGGUUGGUUCUCGAAUUCAGUACGACCGUCGCUCGUAUUGACGCCGGUGGAGGCGAUGGCGGCGGCGGCGAGGAUGAGGGAACGGCAGCUGGCGGCGACAGUGUUUGGCCCGUGCAUGUGACUCUUUCAAAUGGAAAGGUGUACGGCGCGGACCUAGUGGUGUGCGGCAUCGGCGUGGUGCCCGCCACCGAGUGGCUGCCCCCGGAGCUGACCCGUGGGUCAGAGGGGGGAGUGGCGGUGGACCGGCGGUUGCGGAGCAGUGACCCGCACGUGUUCGCCGCGGGGGACUGUUGCAGCGCCCAGUGGCCGGAUGGGUCGCCACACUGGUUUCAAAUGAGGCUGUGGACGCAGGUGCCAGGCUGCGGGAUGGGUGGGGCCCGGGUGAUGGGCAGCUUCGCCGCUCAUUCCAUGUUGCGUCCCGGGGUCGAGGAGGAGGAGGAGGAGGAGGGUGAUGAUAACCUGGCCUGCGGCUUCAACUUUGAGCUGUUCACCCAUGUCACCCGCUUCCUAGGAGCAAAGGUGGUGUUGCUGGGGCUUUAUAACGGCCAACGGUUGGAGAACGAGCCAGCGGAGGAUAUCCGGAUGUAUAGCCGCACAAGCCCCGCUGCGGAUGGAAGUGGAAACACGUUUGUCCGCGUGCUGCUGCUAAGAGGUCGUAUGCAGGGCGCGGUCCUCAUAGGGGAGACAGAGCUGGAGGAGGUAAGCGAAGAAGGCGCCGCUGAAAAGCCCGGACACCAAAUUUGA